AUGAAAAAUUCAAAGAAAUGCUUGAACUUUCAGAACGAAGUUUAUAAUAAACUAGAAAUAACUUCAUCAUAAGUUUUGAAAGGCAAAUAAAUUGAGAAGGAUGAAUAGGUCAAUUAUUUCGAAAUACAUUUAGAUAAAUGAUUUGUAAAGUUCUUGUACAUAAUCGUUUAAGAUUCAAGAGUUUAAUGUAAAAUUGCUACUGGAAAAAUCAUAAGAAAAAUUGUAGCAAUAGGAAUAAUUAUAAGUGAAUUCUCCAACUGGUCGAAAAAGAUCAAGCUCUUUAGAAGACUUAUAAUAGAAAUUAAAUGAUUAUAUUGAGCAAUAUAUUCAAGAAAUUAAAGAGCCACAACAUUUUUUAGACACUUAUUCGUUAUAAAACUCAGAAAUUUGUGAUGAUGAAUUUUCAUAAUAAUCAAUCGAUUUAUGCUAAAGAAUAUAUUAAGUAGAAAUAUAUAUUGAUUUAUUUUUAGAAAAUAAUUGCUCAAUUGAAUCUAUCAGUUAUACAAUCUAAUUCUUUUGAAUAGUCAACUACAAUUUCAUCCCCAAAAAAUAAUGAUUCAAUUUAAAUAAUGAAGUACAUGACUACAUCUACUCCUCUAACUCCAGUAUAAUUGGAGGAAGUUCCUAAAAAAAUUAUUUCGAAUUCAGCAAGUUAAGAUUAAAUAGGAUUUAAAAAUAGUUCGUAAUCUGUGAAGUCUUGAAUUUAUUAUUAAACUUAAUGAUUCAUAAUAUUUUUUUUGACCAUUAAUUCCAAAUCUAUGAUUUUUGCUGUACACUAUAUUAAGUUCUUAAUGCGAUACUUUCGCAACUCACAUACAAAUUAAAUUUAGCAAGAAUAAUUAUUAAAUGUUGUCAGAAACAGUUAUUUAAUAAUCUCCAGGAAAGAAAAUUAUAAAAAGAAUACAAGGUUAUAAAAAAAAAGGAAUUUUUACAGAAUAAGAUGAAUAAAAUAAUUUUUAGGAUGAACAUAAACAAAGUUUAGAAGACAGACUAAAAAUGUAAAAUUAUUUAAAAGAGGCUAAAGAAGAGCUAAUGAAAAUAGCUAAUUAAAACAAAGAUUUCAUGAUAUUCUAAUCAUAUGAAGAAAUGUAUAAGCAUAGAGAAAAAAGAAGAAAUAAAGAAUAAUAAAUGAUUUUUAAACCUUUAUAAUUUCCAACUAAAGGUGGAUCUGUUAUAAGAUGUAAAAAAAUACAGUAAAAUACUACGCCUGAAGAAAUGAAUGCAAACUAUGGAAUAUUAACUUUGGAUUAAAAAAUUAAAGCAAAUAAAGCUUAUACUGAUAGAUAAGAAAGUUAUUCCCCUAAUAAAUUUGAUUUUACAGAAAAAUUUCAUCAUAUAGAAGGUAAAAUUGCUAAGCAAAAUAGAAUAGAAAUGAUAAAAGAAUAUAGUAAAAUAUAUAAAAGAGUGCAAAUAAAAGCAUUUCAUAAAUAAUUAAAUGAAUCUUAAUAUUCUUCAAAAUAUAGAUAGGCAGUAUAAAAAGUUUAAGUAAUAAGUCACAGGAAAAGUGGAAAAAAUAUUUUACCUGUAUUAUCAGUUGAAAAAAAAGAAUCUGUAGAAUCAAUCCUUUCAGAUCUUAAUUACAGUAGAUGGUCUUUGGAAUAAGAUAUUAGUUAUUAAAAUAUACCAGAUCAAAAAAUUGGUUUAUAAUAAAGAUUAGGAGGUGGAUUUACUAAAAUGAACAAAGAUCAAUAUUUAGAAUACUUUUCUAAAUGA